AUGCCGCCUCCAAGGCCACCAUCUCAGCGCAGCAAUACAAGGCUGGGAUUCUCUCCCGGUACUUCCUCCGUCAAUGCCAGGUCUUCUUACUCGCCGACAUCGAUUCAGCUGAGCCCCGACCGGACAUCCGCCCCUGUGUAUCCGACUCCCACUCCGUCUUCAGACGAGAGAAAGACACGAAUUAAUGCCAAAAGACAAGAAAAGUCCUACAACAGCCGGGAAGACAACAUAGCCUGGCUCGAUCACGUUUGGGGAGGAGCAGAUUGGCUGCCACCAGAUGUCCGAAAGGCUUUGAUCGAAUUCGGUUUCCCUCAGCCCGCCGUCGAUGUUGUCAAACACAUGCGAAGCAUUACUGAGUUGAUGCAAACCCAAGGGAUGGCUCUUGAUUCCCUCUGGGCCGACGGAGGGCCAUUGAGAGAAGGGGUCAAUGCUGAUGUUGCUAGAAAGCAGCAUAAACGCCGACAAGAUGGACCAGCUCCUCCCCAUUUGAGUGCUGCAAUCGCCAAAAAUGUGCUGGAAUCCCUUCAGCAGCAAGAUACGUCUUCUCCCGCUGCGACCCAGGACAUGCCAGAUCCCCAAGAACCAGAAGAAGAGGAAGUUACAACAGAUUCAUUUGCCGAUGCCGAAGAUUAUGUGUCUGAGCCAGACGAUAACGUAGUUUUGCUUGUUGAGACGGCGGGGGCAUCUGAGAUUCAAGACCUUACCAGCCCAGCAGCUAAGAAACGGCCACCCACGCCCGCUAACGAGCCUGUCUUCACAGGAGCCUUGAAGAGAUUCCGUACCCUGUCGUCGUAUACCGCCGACCGAUUGCUCGACUGUCUUACCCCAGGCAAUCAGAUGGGCGAUGAUGCCCUCCAAGUCCUCUGCGAAGUGGCCAUGGCCCACCACAGACAGAAACACCGCCCCUCGAGACUCUUCCAUCCUUUUUGGUUCCAGAGCCAGGAGGCCUUCCAGCCACGAAGCUUUCCAAGACUUGACGACGGCUGUACUGCUGGGUUUCCUAUACACUGCCCUAAACCUUGGGAAUCACUGGAACACUGGGCAUUCGGUGUGAUGACGCCAAAAGGGGAAAACUUACAACUACGUAUUCACGAUUCAGCGCCAACGCCUGAGAGAUACGAACGAAUCAAGAAACGGUUCGAGGCUUGGAUGGAUGUCUCUAGCUACUCAGGAGAUGUCGAAUUCAUCAAAGAGAGCUGUCCUCGUCAAAACGAUGCUUGGAGUUGCGGUCUGCAUGCCGUAGCCUGCUUUCGCCGUGUUCUUCAGGGCAUCCCAUGUAGUGAGAACCCCACACUCGAUAUUCCCGUCGAGCAAGCACAUCAUCUGUCACUACUCCGCACCAUCGACACACGCCUGCUCCCUACCGAUGUUGGCAAUACUAUCGAGACUUUCCGAAGUGUCCAACGAGAAGCUGAUUUGCGACGUCUUAGCGCCGACGAAAUUCUCAGACUCCGUGAUGAGUCGAUCAGUCGUCUACAGAAGGCUGAGAUGGAAAGGGUGAUCGGGGAUCAAGCCUUAGACAAGUCUCUUGAAGCCUUUUUAGCCCACGUGCGACAGCAAAAGGCCGAAAAUGAAAGAAAGGUGCAAGAAGAAAGGGCCAGGUUCGACACUCUAAACCGCAUCUACAAGGUGAGGGAAGACUAUGAACGAAAGGUCAAGGCCGAGGCCGAGAAGAAUCGGAUUCAGGAAGAAGUACGCAAGGCAGAAGAGAUGCUUAAGGUGGCGAGGAGCAAACUGGACGACGCGUCGGUUAAACAUAACGCCAGCGUCACUAAAUUCCAAGAAUCGUUUGCGAGUGCGGAAGCGGAGGAUUGGGAGGUCAACCUGGAGGGCGUUUCAAAGAUGUGGGAGCACUCGAAGGAUCGUUAG